UAAAAAAAGCAACAUUAAAAAAAAAAAAACAUAUUUUUCCUUAAGAAAGAGAAACCAUGGAAUCUCUGUUUCUAAAUCUUGAAUUCUCACCAAUCUCAACAAAAUCUCCAAAACCCACAUCCUUUUUACUCUCUUCACCUCGAUUCUCGAGCUUAAAAUCACGCGUUAUAACCAAAAAAUGGAGUGUGUCCGUGCCUUGUGUUUGUUCAUCGUCUCCAUCGGUGAAAAAAACAGAGUCCAAAUUACAUUCCAACGGUCAAGAUUUUAUCAAAUCUGUCGGAAAAGGUGUGAUUGGCUUUGCCGCCGCCGCUACAACUUUGGCUUCGGUUUGUUAUGAUGCUCCAGCUUUUGCAGAGUCUCUAACGGUCGCUUUUCCUGUUUCCCGCGCUCCCGAGGUGAAUACAGUGCAAAGAACACUUGUGGAGGCAUGGGGUUUGAUUAGAGAAACAUUUGUAGACCCAACAUUUAAUCAUCAAGAUUGGGACCUAAAGUUGCAACAAACAAUGGUGGAGAUGUUUCCUCUAAAUUCAGCGGAUGUGGCAUAUACAAAAAUUAGUGGGAUGCUUUCUACUCUCGGGGAUCCUUUUACUCGGAUUAUCAGUCCAAAGGAGUACCAAAGUUUUAGAAUUGGUAGUGAUGGAAAUUUGCAAGGAGUUGGGAUCUUCAUAAACAUUGAACCAAGGACAGGCCAUUUGGUUGUUUUGUCUUGUGUAAAGGGUAGCCCAGCUGCUCGUGCUGGUAUACAUGAAGGAGAUGAAUUGAUUGAGAUUAACGGGGAGAGGCUUGAUGGUGUUACUAGUGAAGCUGCAGCACAGAAGCUUAGAGGGACUGCUGGAACAUCUGUCAAAGUAAAAGUCCACAGUGACAUGGAGUCAAGUAGGGAUGCCGGUAUCAGAGAGGUCAAUCUACCUCGUGAGUACAUUACGCUGUCCCCGAUAUCUAGCACUAUCAUCCCCCAUAAAACCCCGGAUGGCCAUCUAACAAAGACUGGUUAUGUGAAGCUGUCAGCCUUUUCUCAAAGUGCUGCAAUUGACAUGGCAAAUACAAUACUGGACAUGGAAACUCAGGGUGUACAUUCAUACAUACUGGAUCUACGAAACAAUCCAGGGGGGCUGGUAAAAGCUGGACUUGAUGUUGCACAAAUUUGGCUGGACGGAGAUGAGACUCUUGUGAACACAAUUGAUAGAGAUGGAAAUAUGCUGCCCAUUAACAUGGUCGAUGGACAUGCCAUAACACAUGAUCCACUUGUUGUGCUUGUCAAUGAGGGAAGUGCAAGCGCAAGUGAGAUCCUAGCUGGAGCACUGCAUGACAAUGGGCGAGCUAUCCUUGUGGGACACAAAACCUUUGGCAAAGGAAAAAUUCAGAGUGUCACAGAGUUGCAUGAUGGAUCGGCUCUAUUUGUCACGGUUGCAAAGUAUCUAUCGCCUGCACUUCAUGACAUAGAUCAAGUUGGGAUAAUGCCUGAUGUGCAGUGUACCACAGACAUGCUCAACUCACCCAGGGAUUCAUUAUUGAAGAACGAGAGCUCAACUUCAUCUCUUGAAGCAGAUUCUUGUAUCCUGGUGGCAGAGCAUGAAUUGGACAUUCAAGAGUCCGGAGGGACUGCAUCUUGAAAGUUAGGAUUCUGCUGCUAUUUGACUUCGUACAUGAAAAUUAAAUGUAUAGAUAGCUAGGAAGAAUUCAUGGACAUCAGGUUAAUGACCUGCUUAUACAUGUACUGUUUAUUCUAGCGAAAGUAAAACCAAGGCUUAUUUCGAAGUCAGAAAAAUUUGCACAGAA